UAGAUAGAAAGACGUAAGAAAACUGAAAUUUAAUCAAUAUCAUUAAUUUACUUUGAAAUAAUUUAGUGCAACAGCUUUAGUUAGAUAGUUUCAUACUGUUUAUUAUUAGCGCAACGCCUAAUUAUGAUUAAGGCUAUAUUAGUGUUUAACAACCAUGGAAAGCCAAGAUUAUCGAAAUUCUAUCAAUAUUUUAAUGAGGAUAUGCAGCAACAGAUAAUAAAGGAGACGUUCCAGCUGGUGUCCAAAAGAGAUGACAAUGUGUGCAAUUUCCUUGAAGGAGGAAGCCUCAUCGGCGGAUCAGACUACAAACUCAUCUAUAGGCACUACGCCACUUUGUAUUUUGUAUUCUGCGUUGAUUCGUCCGAAAGCGAACUGGGGAUAUUAGAUUUAAUUCAGGUGUUCGUGGAGACAUUAGACAAAUGUUUCGAGAACGUAUGCGAGUUGGACCUGAUCUUCCACGCGGACGCAGCCCACCAGGUGCUGGACGAGUUGGUGAUGGGCGGCAUGGUGCUCCAGACCAACAUGGCGGACAUCCUGUGUCGGCUGCAGGAGCAGAACAAGAUGCAGAAGGCUGAGGCCGGUAUAUCCGCUGCGCCCGCGCGGGCUGUGUCAGCUGUCAAAAGCAUGAAUUUGCCACAACAGCUUCGGGACAUGAAGCUGCCCGACCUUCCACAGGCCAUUAAGGACCUGAAAUUCUGACCGCUACAGCAGGGCGCUUACACGAACACGCCCGUCUCAAUCGCCACCAACAUCAUAAACACUAUAUAUCCGCAUAAUGAGAAAUAUCAGAACUUGAAAGAGGAAAAUCUUACGAAAUUCUUCGGCUCCGAAACUCUGAGCACGAAAUUCUCGGAGACAUUCAGCGAGAACUACCAGCAAGCGGAGGGGGUUAAUUUCCCGAAUUACGAAUGUCAGAAGAUUGAGGGUUACCAAGAUUUGCGCGGGAAUAUUGAUGAGUAUGAUUGUAAAGAAGUGAAAAGUAGAAGGAAGAAGAAGAAGAAGAGGGGGAAACAGUGAAUUUUUUUUUGAUUAAAAUUUAUUUGUUUUUCUCUGUAUUUAUACAUAUUAUAUUAUUAUAUGUAUAUUACACAUGUAUAUGUAUGUAUAUAACAUAUGUAUAGUACGUUAUAUGUAUAUUAUAUUACAUUCUAUGGGUGAAAAAAAGAAUAGGACCGCACCAUCACGUUCGCAUGGAUGUCGGAAAAGGGAUAGGCUUAUAAACUUGGGAUUCUUCUUUUAGGCGAUGGGCUAGCAACCUGUCACUAGUUGAAUUUCAAUUCUAUAAUUAAGCCAAACAGCUGAAUGUGGCCUAUGAGUCUUUUCAAGACUGUUGGCUCUGUCUACCCCGCAGAGAUAUAGACGUUAUUAAAAAUGACGAAAAUUACUUAAAAAAAACCAUUAAAACCCACAUAGAUUUAUGUACUAGCUGUGCCUGCGACUUCGUCCGCGUGGAAUAGUUAUUUUGGGCAUCAUUGAAGCCCACAAGGAUGAAUAAUUUUCUCCGAUUUUUUUCACAUUCUCCAUUAUUUCUUCGCCCCUAAUGUUGCAGCGUGAUGUUAUAUAGCCUUCCUCGAUAAAUGUUCUAUUCAACACAAAAAUAAUUUUUCAAUUCAAACCAGUAAUUCCUGAGAUUAGCGCGUUCAAACAAACAAACUCUUCAGCUUUAUAAUAUUAGUGAUAGAUAUGCAUGAAACGUCUGUGUUGAGGUAUAUUUAACAGAUUGGUGCGUAAUUGAAAAAAUAAUACAUUCCUUUGUUUCGAAUUUAUGCGUUAGGAAUCGAAUACGACGUUUAUAAGUCCAUAAGCAAGUACCAAAACGAUCGAAAUUUCAAUGAAAUAACGACCUUGUUACAAGCACAUUAAAACUUGAAAUCCAAAGACAAAAUGUCUCCUGUUAUCUCGCUCGUAAUAGCGGACUGUUCAGUUCGCGGGUUCAAAUGGCGCGCUCUGAUUGGCUGAAGCG